AUGUCUCGAGGCGGUCAGACGGAAAAAGCAGACAUGAAAGUUGAGGGUGGGCCAAUUGGGUGGGCGCGACAUCUGGACCAAGUUGCUGACUUCUGCGCUAGCAACCCGCGAACUCGCGCACCGUUCAAGCCGUCGAAGAAUCGAGGCACCAGCAGCUGGCAGCUGAAGCAGUAUGCCGAGGCCACACUCGGUAGCGGCAGUCUAAGGAAGGCUGUCAAGCUACCCGAAGGCGAGGACAAGGACGAGUGGCUUGCCGUCAAUGUCGUCGACUUCUACAACCAGAUCAACCUGCUCUAUGGCUCCAUCACAGAGUUCUGCUCGCCACAAAGCUGUCCUGAGAUGAAAGCGACCGACGAGUUUGAGUACCUCUGGCAAGAUUCCGAGAAUUACAAGAAGCCUACCAAGAUGCCCGCACCCGAAUACAUCGAACACCUCAUGGCAUGGAUACAGUCCAAUGUCGACAACGAGUCCAUGUUUCCCUCGCGCAUCGGCGUUCCCUUCCCCAAGACAUUUCCAGCGCUCAUCAGGAAUAUGUUCAAGCGUCUAUACCGCGUCUACGCACAUAUCUACUGCCACCACUACCCCGUCAUCAUCGAGUUGGGCCUGGAGCCUCAUCUCAACACCAGCUUCAAGCACUAUGUGCUGUUCAUAGACGAGCAUGGGCUGGCAAGUGGGAGCAAGGACUUCUGGGGACCGUUGGGUGAUUUGGUGGAGAGCAUGCUGAGAAGUGAUUGA